UGGCCAACAAGAUUGUGAGCCACGCAUAUAACUACUUGUCGAGCUUUGUUGAUGGUCAAGGAAGGGUUCCCAUCAAGGCCUUUGAUAACUGGUGGGACAAGUUCAAGAGUAAGCUUGCGAAUAAUCCUAACUUCUUGAACGAGCUUGAGACUUGACAAAUCAACUGCAACAUAUUCACGACACGAACUAUACAAUACGAACUACACGAGAAGUCUAUACACUACGAACUACACGAGAAGUUUAUAGAUUACAAACUAUGAUUCAGUCUAUACCACUGUACUCAGAACCAUGGUGAGUCAUAAUCCAAAAUGAACAUGCUCUGUGGUAGCGAUUUUGCACCCAUUUAUCAAGGCCAAGGUUUGUCUCAGUGACUCAUUGCCACCUGUAAACAUAACCAGUCGCCAUUUUCUCCGUUUUAUUUCCUAUCCAUUAGCAAUUCUCUCCUAUUUUUUUCCUAUCACCUGUAAUGCACUUUUCCUUCAGCUCAAAGUGAAAUCCGCAAAAAUUCCACGCAUGUAUAGAGCACCAGACUUUUUUGAAAGAUACAACGUCUGUCGAAUCAGCGUCAACCAUUACUCGAAUUACCAUGUCACUGCCCAAUACAACCAGACAAUAUCCCGGUCAUUGCUUUCAAAUGCGUUGAAACAGUUGAUUUUACACCAUCCUGCUUUAUACUAUGGAGUGAAGCUCAACCCCAAACUAAUUGAUUAUAAAACCUACCAAAACCACCAGGUUGGACCUGUGAAGUCGAUCCUGUUCGAGGACGUGGUGACUAUUUCCGAUAAACCCUUUUCGGAAGAACGAUUGGUGGAAAUCAACCACUUGUGUAUUCCUGUGGAUGAUGAGAACUCAGUCACCUGGAGAAUCAUCGUGUUUUCCAACAAUUACAUCUGUUUGUACUCCAACCAUAUUAUUAUUGAUGGAGGCGCUGCUGCGUUCUUCCACCACGACUUGUGUGCCAUUUUGGCAGAGCUUUCAUCCCAACAUUUGGAGUUUGUUCCAGAACUCUACAAUCAACAGGUUGACGGAGUGAAACAACACUUGGGCACAGACCAUGUGGUUGAUCUCUAUCGAUGUACACUGAAGUUGCAGGCGAUGUCCAUGGUGGUAGCGAGCUUUAUUCCCAAGUCGGUCACCCAGUUGUGGAACUCAUACACCAAUAAGCACUAUCCUGAUCUCCAGAAGUUCCCACUUUUCGAGUGUGAGCAGCGCAAAGUGAUAGAUGACGAGUUCAGGCUAUUUCAGAUCCCCGACGAGACCAUGACCCGUCUUUUGGCCAAGUGUCGGCAAGAAGGUGUCACGUUUACGGCGUUUCUUGAUGUCCUCAUCAACCAUUGUUUCCAGAAAUGCGUUUUUCCGUUGAUUUCGUCCCAGAAGCUUUCUACUAAGUCGAGUAUCGUCACCUCCGGUAGAAGAUAUUACCCUGAGAAAGCAGCUGAGCUUAGGUAUGCUCAAGUGGUGACGGGUACCGAGAUUUAUCUUCCUCCCAUUGAGAGUGUUCUGGUCGAAGCCAUGAAGGUUGUCAAACAAAUUAUCGAUACAGACCUUGAAACCAGGAACCGGUUCAAAUAUGUGGGUCUUCUUCUGAUGAUCAAUCCAUAUGAUAUUUUAGCGCCUGAAAAAACUGAGUUCCACCAAGAUGUGCUCUUUGAGAUUUCUAAUUUGGGGUUGCAAAAUAUCAAGAAUGGCGACUGGGCCGUCAGUGAUAUCGUGUUCUGUCAGUGUACGGGGCCGUCAACCACCUUCGGGUUCAACGUGGCCACGACUCCUGGGGGAACAAAAAUCACUAUGGGGAUCAAAUCACAAUAUGCUCAAAGUGGCAUGGAUGAAUUUGAGAAGGCGUUUUAUGCUGGGAUCGAGCAAUUUUGCAGCCGCUAAAUCUGUAGAACUAGGUAGGUAACAUAUGCAACUAAUAAUAUGACUAAU